AUGCUUUGCGCAAUCUCGGGAGAGGCACCACAAGUGCCCGUCGUCUCGCCCAAGAGCGGGAGCGUUUUCGAAAAGCGCCUCAUCGAAGCGUAUAUCGCCGAGAAUGGAAAGGACCCCGUGAACGGAGAGGAGCUCUCUACAGACGACCUCCUUGAGAUCAAGUCCCAGCGUGUCGUUCGGCCCAGACCCCCCACCCUUACAUCGAUUCCUUCGUUGCUCAGUGUUUUCCAAGAAGAAUGGGACGCUCUGGCUCUCGAGACCUACACAUUGCGACAGACCUUGGCACAAACACGACAGGAACUCAGCUCCGCGCUCUACCAGCACGAUGCCGCCGUGCGGGUGAUUGCUCGAUUGACGAAGGAGAGAGACGAGGCCCGUGAUGCGCUAUCUAAGGUUACUGUCGGUGCCAGGAGCGCCGCUGCCGCUUCUGGCGAUGCUAUGCAAGUUGAUGCGACCGGUCUGCCUGAAGCAGUCCUGGCACGCGUGGAGAGCACACAGGCAUCCCUGUCUAAGACACGUCGCAAGCGUCCUGUUCCGGAAGGUUGGGCUACAAGCGAAGCCAUUUCCACAUACAAGCCUUCGGAGAGCACCGAGGCUCUUUACCCGGGCAGCAAGGCAUUGGCUGUCAAUCCAUCCGGAGAGCUGGCACUGAUUGGCGGCGCAGACGGAGCUGUUGGUGUCUAUUCGAUCUCCCAGAAGCAGGUCAUCCAAAACUUGCAGGCGAGUGGGCCUGUCACCGAUGCCGCCUGGGCGGGCGAGAAGGCUAUCGUGGCCUCGUCUACAGGCUCCGUCAAGGUCUUUGAGAACGGAAAUGAAGUCGCAAACUUUAACUCCCACGCCGGAGCUGCAACGGCGCUUGCCGUGCAUGCCACUGGCGACAUCGUCGCCUCGGUUGGCGCUGACAAGAGCUAUGUCCUGUAUGACCUGACGACGAACUCGGUCAUUACUCAGAUCUUCAGCGACGCAUCUCUUCUUUCCGUAAAGAUUCACCCUGAUGGUCACCUGGUUGCCGCCGGUGGCGUGGACGGACAAAUCAAGAUCUUCGACAUCAAAACCGGUGCGUCGGCCGCCAGCUUCGCCAUGUCCGGGCCUGUGAAGUCUCUGUUCUUCUCCGAAAACGGUGUGUUCUUGGCCGCGGUCACCGAAAACUCAACCACCGUGUCCAUUUGGGAUCUCCGCAGUGCACAGGAGACCAAGGUCCUGGAGACGGGCGGCCCGGUCGACUCUAUCAACUGGGAUUACACCGGCCAGUUUCUCCUUACAGCCGGCCCUAGCGGCGUGACGGUGCACCAGUAUGUCAAGGCAUCCAAAUUGUGGUCGGAGCCCUUGCGCAGCGCGGUGCCCGCGGUUGCGGCGGCUUGGGGCUCUGCUGGCCAGUCUAUAGUGGCGUUGAAUCGCGAGGGAGGCGUGACGGAACUGACGGCGCAGUAA